AUGUCUGAAAGUACUUGCCAGGUACUUGAUUUACUUGUCGAACCUUUCACAGGUGGAUAUCAGUUUCAAGCGUUAUCGAGUCUCUGUCAAUUUUCAAUGAAAACAGUUGAAGAUUCUCUUUUUCAAUUUAAUUCAAAUACUUUGGUAACCGCUAAUUUAUUACCGAACAAAGUAUUUCAACAGGAAGCACAAUCAUUGAUCGAUCUGUUUACAUCAGAAACACUAAAUAAUUUCAAUCGUUUAUUUGAUUUAAUUCGUGGUACAACCUUUGAUAAUCAACUAUCACAAUAUUCUAAUCUUAUAUGUCCAUGCGAUGAAAGAACAAUUAAAUAUGAUCAAUUUUUAAAAAUUCAACCGUUGCACCAUCAAAUAUGUGCUAAUUAUUAUAUUACAGACAGAUGGAUUGAUGCUCUGCAUAAUAUAACAGACAAAGCCAUAAAUCGUUCUGAUUUUCGAUGGACAGCUAUGUAUUUUUUUCAAACAUUGACGAGUUUUUGUCAAUUAUCUAAUGAAACAGUUUUGGAUUCUCUAAUUGAGUUUUAUUCAACUGAAUUAAUCACAUCCAAUAUAUUAUCUAAUGAAACAUUUCGUUCUCAAGCGAACUCAUUUAUUAAUUUAUUAAUAUCAGAAACACCAUUAACUUUUCGAAGAUCUCUAGAACUAAUUCGUAUCUCAGCUAACACUAAUCAAUUAAUGUCUGGAAUACUAACUAAUUAUAAUAUUCAGUUGUUGUUUCCUAAUUAUUGGUUUGUACUUGGUACAUCAUCAGUUGAAUAUAAAACAUGUAACUGUAAUAGUUCAUCUUGUAUUCAGCAAGCCGCGUUUUUAGAGUAUAAUACUAAAGCAUCAUGGAACAUUCUUGGAUUGAAUAUUGGCUGUUACGUUGUUGAUGCAGUACUUGCAUUCAACCUCGAAUCAGAAGUAUCACAAAAAACCGCAUGGGUCUAUUUAACUCUCAAAGUCAGAUUAUGCAAAGCAGAUGGCAUGGUUCUAUGGUGUAAUGGUUAG